UACAUGUUACUCAAAAGUCUGACAAAACGACGACGUAUGGAGUGGCAGAUAGAUGACUGGAUUCUUCUACCAACAAACAAGCGCGACAUAAUUAUCAAAAGCGUGCUUCAAAUACAAAUUUAAUGAUGGAUCCAAUGCCACCAUCAACAGUCAAAAUCCCCAAAUCACAUCAUAAACCCUAAAACCCCCAAAACCUUAAUCUCCAUCACUCAAAUCCAAAAUUCAGAUCAAUUCCUCCACUAAUUGAUCACAAUCACAUCACUUUCUUCACUAAUUCCAUCUUCCAAUGGGCAAAGGCGGCGGUUGCGUGCCGAGCAAGAAACGUCCACCGGCGGUCAACUCCGGCGACGCUCCGGCCACCGUCAGUUCACCUCCCAUUGCAGAAUCUCAAACCUCCGAAGCUCAAAUUGUGCCAGCAACAAAGCUUAAAAUCUUAAUCGUAUUCUAUUCAAUGUACGGUCACGUUGAAACCCUAGCUCGGAGGAUGAAAACCGGAGUUGACGGCGUUGACGGUGUGGAGGCGGUGUUGUACCGUGUGCCGGAGACGUUGCCGGAGGAUGUGUUGGCGCAGAUGCGUGCGCCACCGAAGGAUGAUGAGAUUGGAGAGAUGAAGGAGGUGAGGGAUCUGGAGAGUGCGGAUGGGUUUUUGUUUGGUUUUCCGACGAGGUAUGGGGCUAUGGCGGGACAGAUGAAGGCGUUUUUCGAUUCCACAGGGCAGUUGUGGAGAGAUCAGAAGCUGGCUGGUAAACCAGCUGGUUUUUUUGUGAGUACGGGAACUCAGGGUGGUGGACAAGAGACUACUGCUUGGACAGCAAUCACACAAUUAGCUCACCAUGGGAUGCUUUUUGUUCCAAUCGGGUAUACAUUUGGGGCUAAUAUGUUCAAAAUGGACUCAAUUCGAGGGGGUACACCUUAUGGCGCUGGUGUGUUUGCUGGCGAUGGGACCCGCGAACCAUCUGAAACAGAAUUAGCACUUGCUGAACACCAAGGCAAGUACAUGGCUGGUGUGGUUAAGAAGUUAGCCCGGGUUUGACUUUGACCUUUUUCAGUUCAUGAUCUCUGUGGUUUUGAAUUUGAUUUCUGUUUUGUGAUCACUCAUGUUCAUUCUUCUAUUGAUUGCUUAAAAUGCUGUACAUUUGGCCUAUAUUUGAUUUGUCUUUACGGAUCGAUACACAAUUAUAAAAAAGUUUGUUCAUGCUGGAUGUGUUGUUUCUGUGUAUACAUUGCAUCAAAUUGUUCUUUUCGUUCAACAUUCAGGUUUGUAUGUAUUAAAGCUGCUGUUUGCAUA